AUGACACAGACAAAGCCCAUUGAGAACAACUCCGUUAUCACGGAUAGAGACGGCAUCAUUGAGAACAUCCACCGCGUCCAUGUCGCAGUCACAGACUCUCACGGCAACAUCCUUUAUGCUGUUGGAAACCCCGCAAGGGUCACUCUAGCCCGGUCGUCAGCCAAACCUGCACAAGCUCUCGCUGUCAUCGAGACCGGCGGUUUCCAAGAUGCAGGUUUUGAUGAUAUCGACCUUGCCCUGAUGUGUGCAUCGCACAAUGCCGAAGCAAUUCACGUCGAACGUGCUAGAAGCAUGCUGGUCAAGGCUAAAGCUCAAGAAAGCGACUACCGCUGCGGUGGACAUGCUUCCCUGAACCCUGCUGUCAAUCGAGACUGGGCUCAGAAGGGGUUGGACGUCACGGGAGGAGUCUACAACAACUGCUCUGGCAAGCACGCUGGGAUGAUGGCUGGCGCUCUCGCUCUAGGUGCCAGUAUAGCAGAUUACCACAGUCCAGACCACCCAAUGCAAGUUCGGGUUAAAAAGGUCGCUGAGGAGCUUUGCCCCGAGCCUAGUCUUGUUCAAUGGGCCACCGACGGCUGUAAUCUUCCAGCUCCCGCAUUUCCGCUCUUCUACUUGGCACAUACCUUCGCUAUCUUUGCCGCUGGUGCAGAUUCUGCCGAGCAAGAGGAUUCCCCUUCCCCGCGUACGAGAAACCUUGCCCGGAUCUUCAGUGCGAUGUCCAGCUAUCCGGAAUUCGUGGCAGGAGAAGGGCGCUUCUGUACAGACCUAAUGCGGGUAUACAAGGGGCAAUUGAUCGGCAAAGUAGGUGCCGAUGGAUGCUACGGAGUUGGGAUACGUGAAUCUGAACAGACUCGUAGUAUAGGGGCACGUGGGUCGUUGGGAAUCUCUGUCAAGGUUGACGAUGGAAGCCUUGAUAUCUUGUACGCCGUAGUGGUCGAAGUAUUGGAGCAACUCAAUAUCGGGACUUCAGACACAAGGCAAGCUUUGGAAAAGUGGCACCACUUUAAAAGAACGAACACAAUGGAUGUUGUUGUAGGCUCUGUCUCUUUCGACUUUAAACUACAAUUGUCCUAA